AUGGUCGACGCAUCAGAGCCCGCGGAACAGAAGCGCCCCCAGCCCGAGGACCCGGACGACGAUGCGCCUGUUGUCGCCAAGCGGCCGAGACAGGCGCCUGCCAAACCCAUCAAGGGUCUGUUUCUCGACACUGUCAACAGGCACAUGCUUGACUUUGAUUUCGAGAAGCUGUGCUCUGUAUCGCUCUCCAACCUCAAUGUCUAUGCCUGCCUCGUCUGUGGCAGGUAUUUCCAAGGACGGGGCAAGGCGUCGCACGCCUACUUUCACAGCCUGCACGAGGAUCACCAUGUCUUUAUCCAUCUCGAGAACCUCAGGAUAUAUAUCCUGCCAGAUGGGUACGAAGAGACAGAGGCGUCUCUCAACGACAUCAAGUACGUCUUGAAGCCUACCUUCACCAAGGAGCAGAUUCAGUCGCUCGAUAGCUCCGAAAGGUACUCCUACGAUUUAAACAACAAGCCAUAUCUCCCAGGGUUUGUCGGACUCAACAACAUCAAAGCCAACGACUAUGUCAACACCGCCAUUCACGCCCUGGCACAUAUCAAACCGCUGCGAGACUUUUUCCUCCUCGGGGAUUUGCCGGAAAGCUCGGAGCUUGCCCGGAGAUUUGGCAUUCUUGUCCGGCGAAUCUGGAAUCCUCGAGCCUUCAAGGGCCAAGUGAGCCCCCACGAAUUCUUGCAGGAAAUGGCGAACUCGAGUCAAAAGAGGUUUACUCUGACCAAGCAGAUGGACCCCAUCGACUUUAUAGUCUGGUUCCUCAACACACUCCACACCGAUCUCGGCGGCAAGAAGAGCGGUAGUAAAAGCAUCGUGCACAAUACUUUCCAGGGUCAGCUCCGGAUCGAAACCCAAGAGAUCGUGGCAAGCGAAGACAACAGUCAAGCAAAGGUCUUUGACCUCAACCGAGAGAUCAAAGUAUCGCAUGUGCCCUUCAUGUUCCUGACACUGGACCUGCCGCCGCCUCCGUUGUUCCAAGACGAAAUCGAAAAGAACAUUAUCCCGCAAGUGCCUCUGUCGAUGCUCAUUCAGAAAUAUGAUGGCGUCGCUGGACAGGAGCAAGGUAAAACGCUGAGGCGCUUCAAGAUCACCAAGCUCCCUCAAUUCUUGAUCUUCCAUAUAAAACGAUUUACAAAGAACAACUGGGACCUCGAAAAGAACCCAACGAUCGUCACAUUUCCGAUCCGAAACGUCGAUAUGAGCGAGUGCUACGAAGGAGAUACCGGUGUUGAAACUCGAUACGAUCUUGUGGCGAACAUCUGCCACGAGGGCAAGCCGGGCUCGGGCAGUGGAACAUACAAGGUGCAUGUGUAUUGCAAAGGCAAGGAUCAGUGGUUCCAAAUUCAAGACCUGAUCGUCGAAGAAAUCAUGCCGCAGAUGAUUUUCCUGUCGGAGUCGUAUAUCCAGGUAUGGGGCCGCCGAGAACCCGAAGGCGAAGACAUGUCCCACUGAUCCCGAACGAACCCAGUCAGGCCUGGCCGGUCGCCGAGCACUGCUUGCCAGGAACACGUAUGCCGGACUUUUCGAUUGUGCUGUCGUCCUGGGCCGUGCGAUUUGGUUUGAGUCCUGGCUGGCAAUCCCUUUGACUUGGUUGGUUUCAGGAGUGUGGUGCAUGUGUGGUGCAUUCACUCGACCCUCUGGACAGCCCCGUGGGUUCUCAAUAUCAAUAUACACAGCCUUCUCUUGGUUGGUCUCGUC